CGAAUAAUAAUUGAUAAGAUACCAUAAAAUUCGUCUCGCCGCUCUGUAAAACAAUAUUUUAUUGAUUUUUUCAUUUACAACUGACGGUGAAUAAUUUAUUCGUUCAACAAAAUGGCUUGGACUUACGAUGCGGUAAUUGGAUUCAGCAAUGGAAUGUUAAAAGGUGUUGAGCUUCAAAAAAACAAGUUUAAAUACACUAAUUUAUUGGAAGCAUCUUUAAAGUUAAAUCAUCUUAGCAAUUAUGAUGAAAACAAAGCUAUUUUAAGUUCAAAAAGAAAAAUUUUAUUAUUCGAUUUGAAAAAUAAGAAAAUGUCUAAAAAAUAUCUCAUUCGAGAACCAGGAAAUAUUGUUGGUGUACUUAAAAGGAAUAAUAUUUUAUAUGCUGGCGUGGACAAUGGAAUGGUGGUUAUUAAACCUAUUAAAACCACUUCAAUUAUUUCUGAAAAAUUAAUUGCUGGACCACAUUUAUCAUGUGUUAGACAAAACCUUUCAUCAGAUAAAUUAGCAACAGGAGGAAAUGAAAAUCCGUUAAAAAUAUGGGAUUUAGAAACAAAAGUGAUUGAAUUCACUGCUAAAAGGCCUAAACCAGAUAUGCUUCAACUCAAACAGCCUUGUUAUGUGUCUGAUAUUCAAUUUUAUAACAACAAUAAAGUAGUAGUUUCUCAUAAACAUGGAGUGGUUGAUUUACAUGAUCCAUUGUCUAGUCAAAGACGACCAGUGGCAUCUUGUAAAGCAGAAAACACUGGUUUUGUCAGCUUAAAAACAAUGCCAGAUUACAGUGAUUAUGAAGUAAUCGUAGGAACAUCAAAAGGAUCUAUAUUUCAUUAUGAUUUUCGUGGAAAUUCAACAUUACCAGUGAAAACAUUCAGAGGAAGUACUGGUUCAGUAAAAGCAGUGUCUUGCAUAACUUAUUUAGACCAAAUGCAUGUAAUGAGCAUAAGUUUGGAUUGUCACAUAAGACUACACAACUUUAUGACUGGUGACCUCACUAUGCAGGAUUAUAUUGUAGCCAAGCCAUUAGCAUUAUUGUUCAAACCAGAUGAAGCUUAAUUUAAUUUAUUUGUUUUUCUUAAAUUG